AAAAUGUAAUUCCUUGUCUUUUAUCCUGAGGUAGCCAAGCCCCAGCCUUUGGGAUCUUGAACCAGGGUCUCGAGAAGAUUGUGGAUUAUCUUUUAAAAAACCCGGACGUGUUACACAGUGGCCUCUAGCCAAAAUGAGCGUCGAUUUAAUUGAAUCAAAUACAUGAGUGGAGCCUAAACAAACACACAUUUCUCCAAAAGGAGUGCACUGUGGUUCUUUUUUUUCCUCUUCUUCCACAUCUGCUGAAAUAAACGGCGCCCCAGUUGCCCUGGAAAAUAUGGAAAGUGAGGUUUUCACCCCUUUGCUGGAGCAGUUUAUGCUCACGCCUCUGGUCUGCUGGGUGAAGACUGUCGGGCAGACGACAGUGACCGAUGGCUCCAAACUAUCGGAAUAUGUUGAAUUGGUGGAUGGGAUUUACCUGAAUGAGAUCAUGCUUGAGAUAAACCCCAAAGCCACUGUGCAGAGGACGAACAAGAAAGUCAACAACGACCCCACACUACGCAUACAGAACCUCUCUAUACUCAUCAGGCAGAUUAAAGACUACUAUCAGGAGACUCUCCAGCAGCUUGUGAUGAUGCCUUUACCAAAUGUACUGGUACUGGGAAGGAACCCUUUGUCUGAGCAAGGUCUGGAGGAGACGAAAAAACUGUUGUUGCUGCUACUAGGCUGUGCUGUUCAGUGUGAGAGGAAGGAGGAGUACAUUGAGCGUAUCCAGACUCUGGACUUUGACACCAAAGCUGCUAUCGCAUCCCACAUUCAAGAGGUAACUCACAAUCAGGAGAAUGUAGUGGACCUGCAGUGGUUGGAAAGUGGGGAAAUACCUCCUGAAGACACGGACAGCCUCUCCAGGAACCUGGCUUUCCACCUCAAACGCCUGGUGGAUGAGAGGGACACACAACUGGAAACUAUAGUGGAGUUAACUCAGGAGAGAGACUGUGUGCAGCUCUCCCCACUGGCUCCCUGUCCAACCCAGUCUCCUGGGGACUCCCCCAGUAUGAGGAGGACCGAAAGCCGACAGCACCUCUCUGUGGAGUUGGCUGAUGCCAAGGCCAAAAUCAGACGCCUUAGACAGGAACUAGAGGAGAAGAGUGAGCAGCUCUUGGACACAAGGCAGGAGCUUGAGAACAUGGAGGUGGAGCUCAGAAAGCUUCAGCAAGAGAGCUUCCAGUUGCUGUCAGACGCUCGCUCAGCUCGGGCCUACCGUGACGAGCUUGAUGCACUCAGAGAGAAAGCAAUCCGUGUUGACAAGCUUGAGAGCGAGCUGAGUCGAUACAAGGAGAGACUUCACGAUAUUGAGUUUUACAAAGCCAGAGUGGAGGAGCUGAAGGAGGACAACCAGGUAAUGUUGGAGACUAAGGCCAUGUUGGAGGAACAGCUGGAUGCUAGCCGGACCCGGUCAGACAAACUGCACCUCCUGGAGAAAGAAAAUCUUCAGCUCAAAUCAAAGAUUCAUGACCUGGAGAUGGAGAGAGACAUGGACCGUAAGCGCUUGGAGGAGUUGUUGGAGGAGAACCUUGUGCUCGAGAUGGCCCAGAAACAGAGCAUGGAUGAGUCUCUGCAUCUGGGCUGGGAGCUGGAGCAACUAUCCAAGACACCAGAAAUGACAGAAGCCCCUCAGAAGUCUCUGGGUGAGGAGGUGAAUGAGCUGACCUCAAGUCGCCUGUUGAAGCUGGAGAAAGACAACCAGGCCCUGCUGAAGACUGUGGAGGAGCUUAGAGGAGCAGCCGGUCAGGAGACUGUCUCAAAACUAGCAAAACUCAACCAGGAAAACCAGAGACUGAACCUGAAAUUGGAGCAGCUGGAGAGUGAACUGACAGCAGACAGAGAUUCGCUCCGCAGCUCUGAGUCACUCAGUACUGACCUCAUGAAAGAGAAGGCUUUACUGGAGAAGACUCUGGAAACACUCCGAGAAAACUCUGAGCGACAGCUGAAGGGUCUGGAGCAGGAGAACAAGCACCUGGGACAGACUGUGUCGUCUCUGCGUCAGCGCUGCCAGGUCGGUGCUGAGGCCCGGGUAAAAGAUGUGGAGAAAGAGAAUCGAGUUCUCCAUGAAUCCAUCUGUGAGACCACCGCUAAACUCAAUAAAAUGGAGUUUGAAAGGAAACAACUACGUAAAGAGCUUGAGGUGAUGAAGGAGAAAGGUGAAAGAGCAGAUGAGUUGGAGAUUCAGAUGCAGAAGCUGGAAAGGGACAACGAGACCCUGCAGAAGAAAGUUGCCAGCCUUGGAAUCACCUGUGAAAAGGUGUCUUCUUUGGAGAAGGAGAACUCUGAGCUGGAGUUAGAGGGCCGUCGUAUGAAGAAGAAGCUGGAUGCUCUGAAGAACAUGGCCUACCAGCUGGAGGCUGUGGAAAAGGAGAACUCUCAGAUAGAGCAGGAGAACCUGCAGCUCCGACGCUCAGCUGAGAUUCUCCGGUCGGCGGGGGCUAAGGCCGCUCAGCUAGAAGCAGAGAAUAGGGAGCUGGAGAGUGAGAGGAGCCAGCUGAAGCGCAGCCUGGAACUGCUCAAAGCCUCGUCAAAGAAAACUGAGAGAUUAGAGGUGAGUUAUCAGGGCCUAGAUACGGAGAAUCAGCGCCUACAGAAGGCUUUAGAGAACAGCAGUAAGAAGAUCCAGCAGUUGGAGGCAGAGCUGCAAGAGGUGGAGACUGAGAAUCAAUCCCUACAACGCAACCUAGAGGAACUCAAAAUCUCCAGUAAACGCCUGGAGCAGCUUGAGCAGGAGAACAAGACUCUGGAACAGGAAAGCUCCCAGCUGGAGAAAGACAAGAAGCUUCUGGAGAAGGAGAACAAGCGACUGAGGCAGCAGGCGGAGAUCCGCGACGCCAAGCUGGAUGACGACAACCAGCGGAUCUCCUCCUUGGAGAAAGAGAAUAGGACCAUGGGCAAGGAGAUGAUCUUCUUUAGGGACUCCUGUACGAGAGUGAAAGACCUGGAGAGGGAGAACAAAGAGCUGGUCAAACAGUCCAGCAUUGAUAAGAAGACCCUUACCACACUAAGGGAGGAGCUUGUGAGUGAGAAGCUACGGACUCAGCAGAUGAAUAAUGAUCUGGAGAAACUGACCCAUGAACUUGAAAAGAUUGGGAUAAACAAAGAAAGACUGCUGCAUGAUGAGAGUUCUGACGACAGGUUUAAGCUCCUGGAAACCAAACUGGAGUCCACUCUGAAAUCAUCUUUGGAGAUAAAAGAGGAAAAGAUCGCCGCCCUAGAGGCCAGGCUGCAGGAGUCUUCGAACCUCAACCAACAACUUCGCCAGGAGCUUAAAACAGUGAAGAAAAACUAUGAGGCUCUGCGUCAGAGGGAGGAAGAGGAGAGGAUGGUGCAGAGCUCGCCCCCUAAAGGAGGGGAGGACCCUCAGGGUUUCAGUAAAUGGGAGAAAGAGAGCCAUGAAGCCACCAGAGAGCUGCUAAAAGUGAAAGACAGACUUAUUGAGGUCGAGAGGAAUAAUGCCACACUACAGGCUGAGAAGGCAGCCCUGAGGAGCCAGCUCAAACAACUGGAAACUCAGAGCUCCAAUCUGCAGGCUCAGAUAGUGGCCGUGCAGAGACAAACGGCUUCUUUACAGGAGAACAAUACAUCACUACAGACGCAGAACGCCAAGCUGCAGGUUGAGAACUCCACCCUAAGCUCGCAGAGUGCUGCCCUCAUGGCCCAGAAUGCCCAGCUGCAGACCCAGCAGACCAGCGUGGAGGGUGAAAGAGAAGGAGCUCUGAAGGACAAAGAAGAGCUGAGGUCCACCUAUGAGCUGCUGCUCCGUGAUCACGAGAAGCUGGCAGCACUCCACGAGAGGCAGGCAGCCGAGUAUGAAGCCCUGAUCGGGAAGCACGGAGGCCUGAAGAGCUCACACAAGAGCCUGGAGCAACAGCACAGGGAGCUGGACGACAAGUAUAAGCAGCUCCUGCAUAAGAAGGGAGAUCUGGAAGAGCUGGAUAAAAACCUGAAGGCCCAGCAGGAAAAAAUGGUGCUUGAAAAUCAAACAAACCAAGCCACAGCUGACCAGUGCAAACUGCUGAAAGAGGAGAAUGAUAGACUAAAUUCCAACAAUCGCCAGCUGUUGAGGGACAAUGAAAAUCUCCAGCAGGACCAUAAGAACAUUAAGAGCCAGCUGAACAGCGCCAAACUGGAGCAGACAAAGCUAGAGGCCGAAUUCUCUAAACUGAAGGAGCAGUACCAGCAGCUGGACAUCUCCUCAACAAAGCUCACUAACCAGUGUGAAUUGUUGAGCCAGCUGAAAGGAAACCUAGAGGAAGAGAAUCGUCACCUGUUGGACCAGAUCCAAACUCUGAUGCUGCAGAAUCGCACCCUGCUAGAGCAGACCAUGGAGAGCAAGGACCUGUUCUACGUGGAACAAAGACAAUACAUAGACAAGCUUAACGAGCUGAGGAGACAGAAAGAAAAACUUGAGGAGAAAAUCAUGGACCAGUACAAGUUCUAUGAUCCCUCUCCCCCACGCAGGCGUGGCAACUGGAUCGCUUCGAAGAUGAAGAAGCUGAUCAAGCCAAGGAGCAGGGAGAGGAUGCGUUCUCUCACUCUGACUCCUUCUCGUUCAGAGUGCGGUGAAGGUUUCCUCAGCUUCCCUGCGGACAGCCAGGACAGCUCCUCCAUCGGCUCUGGCUCCAACUCGCUGGAUGACACACUUACACAAAAGAGGAGCAGCAGGAAGAGAGGGCAGCAGUCACAUGCCCAAGGGCAGGGGUCCACCAAUGCAUUAAAAAGGUUGCCUUUCAUGAGGAACAGAUCCAAGGACAAAGACAAGGCCAAGGCCAUCUACCGGCGCUCCAUGUCCAUGAAUGACCUCCUGCAGACAAUGGCGGUAGCAAGCAGCAUCGAGAACCUUGAUGGCGCUGAGCCAGGAGACGAUGGCCUGACUGGGGGCAGCAGGCGCAGCGGGCAGCGCAUGAAGGAGCUCGCUUUUUCCACCAACGCCAUUGACUGUGCCACCCUCACACUCCCCAGUGCGCGGCACACCAGGGCCAAGCUACGCCUGCAGGUUAAAGAAAAUGCUUCCUGUGAGGAUGUGGCCGGCUCCAUAGAUGAACCAAAGAGUCAAGCCUCCAGACCCUCAAGUCUCCAUAGCAACAGGACCACCAGUAGUAAUAGUAACAAUAACUCCCACCUCACUUCUCCUCUGGAGGGCAAAGGCACGCUGAAUGGCAACCUCAGCAGGCCUCACAGUGAGAGCAGCGGCGAGUUUAGCCUCAGUUUGGACCAGGAGGUGUGGUCCAGCAGCGGCAGCAGCCCUGUCCAGCAGCCCAGCUCUUCCCGCUCCUCCCACCAGAGCCCCCUUCAGCUGCGCAGGUCCCUCGAUCCGUCCACUGCAGCAGGAAUCUCCGGUCAGACCCAGUCUAAGCCUCCAGAGAAAGAGGUGCUUUCCCUGCAACAGUUUCUGGAUGAGGGUAUUGAUCCUGCAGAGUCUGGCAGUCAGGAGAACCUCACAGUGGACUCUCCUCGCCUCUCCACUUCUUCUGAGCAUGUGCAGAAAGAACGCACUACCACAAAGGGGCGGGGCAUAUUACGCUCCUCCAGUGGAAGAGCAGCUCCUGUCAGCUCUGAUCGCCCACCUAAAUCUGCUGGACAACCGGGACGCCCCACCCUGCGUAAGGCGGAGAGCACCCGUGUGAGAGGCUCUGCCCCGAUCCGUUCCAGCCUGUCCUCACAGGGUAAAGCUACAUCUGUCUCCGAACGUCUGGACUCAGCCUCCUCCACGCUGCCCAGGGCAAGCAGCGUCAUCUCCACCGCCGAGGGCACCACGCGGCGUACCAGCAUCCACGACCUGCUCUCAAAGGACCAACGGCUGCCUGUCUCCGUCGAUCCUUCUCCUCCAGCCAAGGCUGGGGUCCGCUCCCAGCCUCCACCCAGUGAGUACCACCCCAAUAGCACCAACGUAAAAGGACUCUUCGCCACCUCAACCACCACCCACCCUCUGCCCAAGUCCCUCAGCUUACCCUGCCAUAGCCUGGAGGAUCCCGACCUCUCCACCCUUCAGUCUUUCCUGGGCCCGUCCUUCACUGUAGAGUCUGUAUUUAUGGACUCCAUCUUUAGUGAGUCGGCGGGCAAAAACCUCCCCUUCCUUUCUCUAAACCCCACCCUAGUCAGCAACAUAAGCGGGCCUCCUGUUACAAAUAAAAGCCACCCUCCUCCUCCUAACCCACACUGCAUUCCCACGCAAAACCCACCACCUCACAGCCAAUCAAACGGCCAGAUGAUAUCCAGUCCAGCCAAUGUGAAAGAGUUUAGUGAGGGAGUUGAUCCCGAUCAAGUGAAUAAUGGCGAGCAGUCACUGAGCCCAGAGGAUAAACAGUCCCUGUGGUACGAGUAUGGCUGUGUGUGAGUGACAGGGAGGAAUGACAUGAUGAAGAAAUGACAGAUCCUCCUCCUCUGCAUGUAUUUAUGAGAGCACUGUUUUUCUCUUUGUGGUGUUUUUGUUUCGUUCUUUUCUGUUGGUGCUGAGUCUCUUUGGAUUAUUUUUUCAGACUUUUUCUUUUCUUUGAGGUGGGACUUUGAUGAAUGUUCUUCUGGCUGAUAGCCUUGACCAUAUUAUUAUUUUAUUCAAUUUUGCUUCUAACACUAUAUUAUUAUCUGCAACUUUGGUUUCAUAGAUCCUGGUUUAGGCUUAGUAUGUAUGUUAAUAGCUUCAAUGAUAACUGAAGUAGAAGUAUUGGAGAUUCAGUUAAACACCUGAGAUGUGUGUCAGAAACAGCUGUCUCUGAUAGGAAGCGAAGCACUAUGGGACAUACUUUCUUAUAACAAAUUGAUAUCAGAAAUGUUGACUUUGCCCGAUAAUAGAUUCACUCAACACUUUGUUUGUCCUGAUGUUAGGAUGUAUCACUGCUUGAACCCAGUUGCAUCAUUUGCUAAGUUGCACGGCUUUUUCUGUCUGACCUGAAAGUUAAUUUUGAUUUCAGUGAUCAAAAUGGUCUUCAUGUUGAUCUCUUUUUUUUUUUUUUUUUUUCUUCUUUGAUGGUGUGACUUGUUUUGGGUUGUUUUUUUUGUUUUUGUUUUUUUACAUGUGAUGAUGAUGAUGGUGGUUUUUGUUUUUGCUCUGGUGGGUCUCUUUGGCUGGUGACAAAAUGAUGAAGCUUCAUUCUCAGAAUGAUGUCAGGGCAGAUGUAGUGGGGGAAGUGAAAGUUGACGAUGAAGGUAGCGAUGUAAGUGUGACCAGAAUGAUUCUUAGAUCUAGAUGGAGUUAUUUGAACAAAGAGUCAGUAAAGUAAGUUGUGAGUAUUUUUCUGAUUGUUUUGAGAAUGAAGCAAACAUCAUUUUCUCUGAAAACUGUAUGAACUCAUCAUGAUCUGCCACAAUGGAUAUGAAAAUGAAAAUGGGAAAUAUGUAAGAAUGGAGAUAAUAUUUGAUCAUGUUGUUUAGACUGACAAGAUCUUGUACAGAUUGUAGUAAUCGUUAAGUUAAUAUCAAUGACAAGCACUGCUAUAUGUGCCAACACUAGAAGUACUUUCUGCCUAAAGAUCCUUACUUCUUUAUUUAUUUCUGCUUUUUAACUCUGUACUGGCUGUUUUAAUGUUGCUUUACUAUAUUUAUCAUAAUCUUCAGUUUAUGCAGGUUUAAAGUACAUGAAAAUGUUCUUGUCACUGUCUACAGAUGUAACAUAAACAUUGCCUUUAUCCUACAGAUGUGGAGGGCAGAAAGUCUAAAAGCAGGAGUGGGGAGCCGCAGCAAAGCUGCUAACCCCGCCCCCCCCCCCCACCCUCGUCUGUCUGCUACCAUGCAGUGAGCGCAUGGUGAGUGAGCGCUGCUCGAGGAAGGGAUAUGGACUGGGGAGGAGGGUGGGGGUUCGGUCUUGUCUCCAUGGGAACCUAAAACAUGGUGUAACAGAUGUCAUCCAGCCUGCCGUGCACUUGCCUCCCGUGCUUGUCUAAGCCCACACUACUACUCCCCCUACUCGCUGUUCUGUUUGUAGUCCCACCGUCCCUGUGGUGCCAAACGUCUAUUCAGAGUCUGAUGGGACCCUGAUCCGUUUGGUGUAUGGGCUGUUUCACCAUCUCAGUGAAUAAACGCUUUGCCUGUUUGUUUUGCUAUAUCCCCCACAAGAGGAGUUCUCAGCAGCUCACCGUAUCCCUCCUCUGUGCUGCUUCUCGUGUUGUCGGUUACAUCGACUGCUAAGUGUUUCCUACUGGCGGAAAAAAUCUACCAUUUGCUGUGUUCAGGCCGCUUGCUGUUGCUGCAUGGCUUUGGUGUAGCGCUGAAAUCCUUCCCCCUUCUUGUUUCCUUGACAAUGCAUGUAGAGCCAGGCUGCUUCCCUCCGUCUCCUCCUGUAUAUCACUGUCUACUGCUACUGUUUCCGACUUUUAACUUUGUUUCUCUUUUCUCUCUUGUUCUUCUCUCCUGUCUCUUUCAACUUUGCCUCUUUACUUUGUAAUCUUUUUUUUUUCCCCCCUAUCUCUCUUCUUUUCACUCCUCUUUGCUCGCCUGGGACUCAGAGAGAAAGGUGGCCUUGGAGCUGUGUGUCUGAAGCCUAGUAGAGUAAAUCUGAUGAGACUUUCUACAGUGAGAAAAGAUUGUACAUCCCAGUUUUCCCUUUUUCUUUUUGAACACAGGACACUUGAGUAGAGAAAAGUGGCUUCCUUCUCUGUUUUGUUUUUCUUCCUUGAAUCAAGGAAACAACAGAAAAGAACUAGACAAUGUUGCAGUGACCUCUUUGUUUUUCUAUAAAGAGUCAAAUGUGGAAGAUUGCACUGCCGUGUGUCCUUCAGUGUGACGGACUGCUACAUGUGCACUAGUCUCUGCAGACUAAUGAUUAAAGUGCCAACGCUCACACAACCGCCUAAAGGGCAAUCUUAAACCAGAUUGAUGAAUUCAUUUUGGAUCUUGACUGCAGCCGGACCUUCUCUUGCUUUACAUGAUCAUAAAAUGGAGUGUUUUUGUAAAUGGGCAGCAUGAACUAGAAACAGCUUUCAUUCAAGCUCAUACAAAACAUUCUCAAAGCAUGUCAGCACCAAACAUUUCAACCUGCUAUCAGACUCAACAAUCACAAUGUGCAUGGAGCAAUCAAUCAGCCAAUCACCCCAAUUCCUUUAUCCAAUCAGAAAGGGGGACAGUGUUCUUUCUGUGGGCAUUUUAUUUGCCAGGAUGCCAACUGGACUUGGACAGGAAGCCGUGACAGCUGUGUGAUAUAGGCAUCUGUUGCCUGCCAAUCAUGAGUGGAGGUUGUGUGAUCUGAGAGCGAGAGAGGGGAAUCAUGGGAGUGUUCCAGGUCACCUAUAUGAAAGUUGGCCUCCACAGACUGACACCCUAAAAUAGACCCAUUCUGUUCAUCAUAGCUUGAGUCAUUUGUCGUAGUUUACUGAGAGUACAUCUUCACGCAUCGCUACCCAUCCUGCUCUGAAACAAAACAAAAGGAAAAACACGCUCACUUCACAGCUCAUUAUCAAUCUAUUACAGUGUUGUGUAUCUGCUUUCUGAGGAUGUAUUGUUUAUAAAUCUGACUCGACUAUAGGUGACCUGUGACCUGUCCAGUGCAUACAGAAGGUGUGCAGAUUUCUGUGUUGAACAUGAUGCUAAAGAUGAGACCCAAUGUUUUCCUCCUUUUUCACUUUUUACAUAAACCCAUUUGAUGUAAUUAAAUUCAUCAAGACUAA